AUGGCCCGGCCCGGCGCGCUGCUGCUCUGCUGCCUGCUGCUGGCCCGGGGCGCGCGCGGCCCCACCCCAGAGCCACGCCUCUCCCCACGGCUCCCCGCGGACUAUGACACCACAGUGCCCUGUAGCACCGACUUCCGGGGACGCUUCCUCUCCCACCUGGUGUCCAGGCUGGCCACUGGGUCCCCAGCACCCCCGGCACGCCCCGGCCGCCCCCGCGUGGCCCGCAGCCCCCUCCGGCCCGGCCGUGGGGGGCGCUUCCCUCUGUACUUCAACGUGACGGUUUUUGGGGAGCAGCUGCACCUGCACGUGAGCCCCAACCGGCGGCUGGUGGUGCCCGGGGCCUCGGUGGAGUGGCAGGAGGAUUUCCGAGAGCUGUUCCGGCAGCCCUUGCGGCAGGAGUGCGUCUACACCGGCGGCAUCACCGGGAUGCCGGGGGCAGCUGUCGCCAUCAGCAACUGUGACGGGCUGGCGGGCCUCAUCCGCACAGACAGCACCGACUACUUCAUCGAGCCCCUGGAGCGCGGGCAGCAGGCCUUGGAGGCCGGCGGGAGGACACACGUGGUGUACCGCAGGGCUGCAGGCCCGCGCGGGUGGGCGGAGCUGCGCAGGGACCUGCACUAUGAAGCCUUCGGCCUGGGCGAUCUCCCCAACCUCCUGGGCCUGGUCGGGGCGCAGCUGGGCGACGCGGAGCGGAAGCGGCGGCACGCCAGGCCGGGCGGCUACAGCAUCGAGGUGCUGCUGGUGGUGGACGACUCGGUGGUGCGUUUCCACGGCAGGGAGCACGUCCAGAACUACGUCCUGACCCUCAUGAGUAUCGUGGACGAGAUUUACCACGACGAGUCUCUGGGGGCCCAUAUCAACAUCGCCCUGGUCCGCCUGAUCAUGGUGGGCUACCGACAGUCCCUGAGCCUGAUCGAGCGUGGGAACCCCUCCCGCAGCCUGGAGCAGGUGUGUCGCUGGGCGCACUCCCAGCAGCGCCAGGACCCCCACCACGCCGAGCACCACGACCACGUGGUCUUCCUCACGCGCCAGAACUUCGGGCCCUCAGGGUACGCGCCCGUCACAGGCAUGUGUCACCCCCUCCGGAGCUGCGCCCUCAACCACGAGGACGGCUUCUCCUCGGCCUUUGUGGUGGCCCACGAGACCGGCCACGUGCUUGGCAUGGAGCACGACGGGCAGGGCAACGGCUGCUCCGACGAGACGGGCCUGGGCAGCGUCAUGGCGCCCCUGGUGCAGGCCGCCUUCCACCGCUUCCACUGGUCACGCUGCAGCCGACUGGAGCUCAGCCGCUACCUCCCCUCCUAUGACUGCCUCCUCGAUGACCCCUUUGAGCCCGCCUGGCCGCGGCCCCCCGAGAUGCCCGGCACUGACUACUCGAUGGAUGAGCAGUGCCGCUUCGAUUUCGGCUCGGGGUACCACACCUGCUCUGCGUUCCGGACCUUUGAGCCCUGUAAGCAGCUGUGGUGCAGUCACCCCGACAACCCAUACUUCUGCAAGACCAAGAAGGGCCCCCCGCUGGACGGCACCGAGUGCGAACCAGGCAAGUGGUGCUUCAAAGGUCACUGCAUCUGGAAGUCUCCGGAGCAGGCGUACGGCCUGGACGGCGGCUGGAGCUCCUGGAACAGCUUUGGGUCUUGCUCUCGCUCCUGCGGGGGCGGGGUGCGGUCCCGCAGCCGGAGCUGUGACAAUCCUCUCCCAGCCUACGGAGGCCGCCCGUGUGCGGGGCCCAUGUUCCAGUACCAGGUCUGCAACAGCGACGAGUGUCCAGGGCCCUACGAGGACUUCCGGGCCCAGCAGUGUGCCAAGCGCGACUCCUACUUCGUCCACAAGGGUUCCAGGCACCGCUGGCUGCCCUUCGAGCCCGACGAUGACACUCAGAAGUGUGAGCUGAUUUGCCAGUCGGAGGACACCGGGGACAUCGUCUUCAUGGACCAGGUGGUGCAUGACGGCACCCGCUGCAGCUACCGGGACCCCUACAGCGUCUGUGCCCGAGGCGAGUGUGUGCCUGUAGGCUGUGACAAGGAGGUGGGGUCCAUGAAGGCGGACGACAAGUGCGGGGUCUGUGGCGGCGACAACUCCCACUGCAGGAGCGUGAAGGGGACGCUAGGCAAGGCGUCCAAGCGGGCAGGAGCUUCCCAGCUGGUGCAGAUUCCGGCAGGCGCCAGGCACAUCCAGGUGGAGCUGCUGGAGAAGCCCCCCCACCAUAUUGCGGUGAAGAACCAGGUCACAGGGAGCUUCAUCCUCAGCCCCAAGGGCAAGGAGGCCACCGGCCAGACCGUGAUCGCCAUGGGCCUGCGGUGGGAGUAUGCUGUGCGGGACGGCCAGGAGAGCCUCCGGACUAGCGGGCCCCUGCCGGAAGCCAUCGCCGUCCUGGUGCUGCCCCCGACCGAGGGUGGCCCCCGCCGCGGCCUGGCCUACAAGUACGUCAUCCACGAGGACCUGCUGCCCCUUAUUGGGGGCAACAACGUGCUCCUGGAGGAGACGGACACGUAUGAGUGGGCGCUCAAGAGCUGGGCCCCCUGCACCAAGACCUGCGGAGGAGGUGUCCAGUUCACCAAGUACGGCUGCCGGCGUCGCCGAGACCACCACAUGGUGCGGCGGCCCCUGUGUGACAUCAGGAAGCGGCCAGAGCCCAUCCGCCGGCGCUGCAACCAGCACCCGUGUCCUCAGCCCGCGUGGGUGACGGGGGAGUGGAGCCCCUGCAGCCGAAGCUGUGGCAAGCUGGGGGUGCAGACUCGGGGGGUGCAGUGUCUGCUGCCCCUCUCCAACGGGACUCUCAAGGCCGUGCCAGCCAAGACCUGCCCCGGGGAGCGGCCCGAGGCCCGGCGGCCCUGCCUCCGUGUGCCCUGCCCCCCGCAGUGGCGUCUGGGAGCCUGGUCGCAGUGCUCUGCCUCCUGCGGACUGGGCAUCCAACAGCGGCAAGUGGUGUGCCGGACCAGCACCAACAGUGUCGGACAGUGUGACGGGGACAGGCCGGACACCGUCCAGAUCUGCAGCCUGCCCCCCUGCGCAGGAAGUGUUCAGAACACCACAGUGGAGGCUGACAGUCGGGAGCUUGAGAGCCCAGAGGGGUCACCGUCGGGGCCCCUGCAUCCCGCCGACCAGAUGCCACCAGCCGAGCCCUGCGUGGGGGACAGGUCAGUCUUCUGCAGCGUGGACGUGCUCGGCCGCUACUGCUCCAUCGCCGGCUACCGCCGACUGUGCUGUGAGACCUGCGCCCGGCGGGCCCUGGACCCCACCCCCGGCCCUGACCCCAGCUCGGCCCCGCCGACCACCCUCUCCACGCCUGGGAGCCCCCAGCCCGGACCCACAGCCCCGCCUGACAUCGCCGAGCGCACCGAGGGGACCAAGGGGUCCGACGACCCUCUGGGCAGCCCGCACACGCCUCUCCCGGGAGCCCUGGACAUGAGCUCCCCCACGACGCAGAGGCCGGGACCCUCUGUGUCAGGGAGCACUUCCUGCAGCCCCACGGGGGGCCCACCCUGGACGCCCCCCGAGGCCUCGCCGCCCACCUCCGGGGGUCAGGACCCCGAGCACCCGGGCACCAGCUUUCCCACCACCGCCCCGGUGACAUGA